GAUGACAUGUGUGGAAGCCUCUGUAUUACAUUACAUAUAUAUACAUAUUCGUAUACACGCACUAACACACCUCCGCAGCACACACAGUGGCGUCUUCAUGGAUGUUCCAGAGAGAGACAUCGAUGAUCUUCCGAGGAAUCCAGCUAACUACACGGCGCUCACGCCGCUCGGAUUCCUGGAGCGGGCGGCGCUCGUUCAUCCAACCCGUAAAUCAUUGAUCCACGGCUCCAUCAGCUUCACGUGGGACGAAACUUACCGGCGGUGCCGCCGCCUCGCGUCCGCCCUCGCCAGCCGCCGCGUCACCUUCGGUAGUACGGUUGCAGUAAUUGCUCCAAAUAUUCCGGCCAUGUUUGAAGCUCAUUUUGGAGUUCCCAUGUCCGGAGCAGUGCUGAAUCCUGUAAAUAUCCGUCUGAACGCACAGACUAUUGCGUUUCUCUUGGGACAUUCGCACUCCAAUGUAAUAAUGGUGGAUCAAGAGUUCUAUUCUUUGGCAGAGGAAGCUUUGAAAAUUGUGGCUGAUAAAAGCAAGGACAAAUUCAAGCCCCCAACUUUGAUCGUCAUAGCUGAUGCAAACUGUGACAAAGGAUCCCUCGAAUAUGCACUGCAGAGAGGAGCAAUUGAAUACGAAGCUUUUCUAGGGACUGGCGACCCCGAUUUUGGUUGGAAACCGCCUGAGGAUGAGUGGCACACCAUCGCUCUUGGUUACACCUCUGGCACGACGUCUAGCCCUAAGGGAGUCGUGUUGCAUCAUCGAGGGGCGUAUCUCAUGGCCUUAGGUAAUGCUGUUAUUUGGGGCAUCGGUGAGGAAGCUGUCUACUUAUGGACUUUGCCUAUGUUCCAUUGCAAUGGUUGGUGUUUCCCGUGGACUCUCGCCUCCAUUUGCGCCACAAGCGUUUGCCUCCGACAGGUCACUGCAAAGGCAGUCUACACUGCUAUAGCUAACCUCGGUGUUACUCAUUUUUGUGCUGCUCCCGUUGUUCUCAACACCAUAGUAAACGCCUCGAAGGAAGAUUCCGUUCUUCCCCUGCCUCGUGUUGUCAAGGUGAUGACAGCCGGUGCAGCUCCGCCCCCUUCUGUUCUCUCCGCAAUGCAGCAGAGGGGCUUCAGAGUUACACACACCUACGGCCUCUCGGAGACCUACGGCCCCUCCACCUUAUGUGUGUGGAAGCCCGAGUGGGACUCCCUACCCCCCGAGGCUCAGGCCCGUAUGAACGCGAGGCAAGGGGUCCGAUACGUGUGCCUCGAAGGCUUAGACGUAGUCGACACUCAAACCAUGAAGCCCGUCCCCGCUGAUGGGACGACGGUCGGAGAGAUCGUGUUCCGGGGCAACGUCGUGAUGAAGGGAUAUCUUAGGAAUCCGAAGGCGAACGAAGAGGCUUUCGCCAACGGCUGGUAUCAUUCCGGUGAUCUCGCCGUGAAGCAUCCCGAUAACUACAUCGAGAUCAAGGAUAGAUCGAAGGAUAUUAUCAUAUCCGGAGGCGAAAACAUCAGCUCCGUGGAGGUGGAGAACGUCCUCUACCAGCACGAGGCGAUUCUCGAAGUCUCGGUUGUGGCCCGGCCGGACGAGCGGUGGGGGGAGUCGCCGUGCGCGUUCGUGACGCUGAAGCCGGGCGCGGACGCUUCCGACCAGCGGAGGCUGGCGGAGGACAUAAUGAGGUUCAGCCGGUCGAAGAUGCCGGCGUACUGGGUCCCGAAAUCGGUGGUGUUCGGGCCGCUGCCGAAGACUGCAACGGGGAAGAUACAGAAACAUGUGCUGAGGGCCAAGGCCAAGGAGAUGGGACCUGUGAACAAGAGCAGGUUAUGAAAAUAGUAUGCCCAGUUGUGUCUCUUGUUUUUAUGUAUGAUCUAUACGUAUAGUGUAUGUGUGUAUGGCGAUGAAUGAUGAUGCAACAUAUACAUCGAUCAUCAAGUCUAAUGAGUUUAAUGAGUGUAUGGCGAUGAAUGGAGAUGUAUGAUCUAUACGUAUAGUGUAUGUGUGUCUCUUGUUUGGAUCAAGUCUAAUGAAUAAAAGAUAUGAAUAAGAGUGAAGAGUCAAAUUUCAACGAAA